UGUCUAACAGUCACAUUACUCCUUGACAGUUCAACAUGAGCUCAUACAGAGCACAGAAAACACUUUCGAUGAGCGGAUUGGACUCCGAUGACGCCGGGACGAUCAAAUCGCAGCUUUCCGAGCAAUCCAUACAUUCGUCGUUCGACCACGACGUUAGGAUCGCGCCUCAGGAUCGAGUCCUGCAGCUGUUGCUCGACUACAAACAGUUCAAGUCUGCCCGGACCAUUCAGCGCCAUGUGCGGGGAUGGCUCUGCCGGCAGAAGUUGGCCAGAAUCGUGGCUGCAGUCACCACCAUCAGCAGGUGGUGGCGGGGCUUCAGUGUUCGCCAGAACUACUACUUCUGGGUGGAGGAGAGUAUGCAGAAGAAACUGUUGGCCCACUACCACGAGCAGGCCACUAGGAUCCAGACAUUGUACCGGGGCUGGCGCACCCGUCAGUUCGUGCAGGACUUCAAUGGCCUUCAGCUACUGCAGCUGCAGUUCGCCGAGGAUCUGAUCAGCUGCUUGGCCCGAAAUCUGCGCCAUAUGAUGUAUGACAAUCAGCUUCCGGGGGUUUAUUCAAUGCGCGAGAAAGGAUGCCUUAAUAUGAUUGAGGAUCUGGCCCGCACCUUCAGCUACCGCUUCCACAACGGCCGAGUGCGGGCUUCGAUCGCCAAACGACGCUCAUAUCUCGAGGACAUGCGUCGGCACUUCAUUACUUCUGAACAGUACACAGUAACGCCCUACCCGGGUCCUGGUGCUGUUCUGGGAGACUGCCACAUUCACGUGGAUAUCAAUGAGCCGGGCUUCUCCAAGGACACCGAUAUUCGCGUGCAACGCAUCAUACUGAUGUUUGAGAAGUCCAAGCGGGAUCCAGACGUGGCCAGAGUUCAAACGGCCGUGGCUUCCAAACUCAGGCGAGAUAUCCAGACCUCUCUUCAGGCGCAGAAGGAGGAGCGAAUGAAUGUGUUUUGCAAUUAUGUCUUUAGUCGCAUAGCCCCAGGCAUCGGGACCAAAGAUAUACGCCCUGGCAUCAAAAUGUAUCUCGACGAAUUGUUGUACAACGCUGAGGAACCGAACUGCCAUUGCCAGCCAAAAGUGGUGGCGAAUGCGUUGUGCCAUUAGCUGGCACCUACUACUAUAUACAUACACACCAUAUCAUAUAUUAUCUUUGAACGGUGGGGAAAAAGUUGAUGCACAUUUUAGAAAAUUUCAUUAUUACUCCAGGGAAAUCGUAAUAAAAAUGUUAAAUUGUUUAUUCGGA